AUGAAGGGCACCACAGAUCCAGAGGAGGUAUCCAAUCAUUCGCCUGUGGUCGAGCUCCUGGAUGCCAUCUACAAGUUGAUGCAGGCAGAGGCUCCAGAGCCAGAGGUUGAAGAAGGUGAUUCGGUGGUGGCCGCCGACCUUGAUGCCGACACCGUUUUGGCCGACCAUGAAGUCGCAUUGAAGCAGCUGGUCCCUGCUCCCCCAGAGGGUACUUCAACUGAUGAACUUCAAGAGCAUUUGAUUGCUUUGCAGAAGAAGGUCAAGCAGUUCUCCAAGUUUGUCCCCAUGUCAAACACAGCUAGGAGCUUAGCUUUGAAGCUGGAGGCCACUGCAGUGGCAGGAACCGCUUUGAGGAAGUUCCAUCAUGCUGUCCUUGUGUACGAUUCCAAAGUCCUUGGCGAAGCAAGCAGCCAUGCUCAUGUGCGCAUUCCGCCUUUUCAGGCAGCACACCUCAAAACAGUAGUUCAGGCUUGGAUCCAAGCUCGAGGGAAGAAAUCCGGUGAUGAAGAUGAGCUUGGCAUCGUCUUGGUGCUAGAUGGCUUUAGGCCUGGGCUGGAAAGCAGCAUUGGUGCUGCCUUUGUGGGGCCAGAUGGAAAGAACUUGCAGAAGAACCGGGUUCUGUUCAGCGUGAAGUACACGGAAGAAUCAUUGCUCAGCCGCAAGCAGCUCCAGAGAGGGUUGCUGCAGCAGGUUGAGGCCUGCCACUGUUUCACCACGGAUGGCUUGGCACUCAGGCGCAAGCUUCGGCUGUUCAACGACAAGGAGUCAAAUAUGGCUUCCAUGCUCGGAGAAUUUGCUUUGCCCAAGCACGAGGAUCUCUGGCGUGUUGCCCCUGAUGUCAAGAAGGAGAUGAUCGGCUGCAAGAUCCUUACAGGCGGCGCAAAUCCCAACAAAGUGCCCAAGCCAGUGUUUGGUGAUGGCAAGGAGCCAGUUUCUUGGCAUUGCCAAGCCGAGACGUUCUUCGCAGAGGUCACUCACUCCUUUUAUGCAGGUGUGAUCCUGCAUGCGACUGAGACGGACGGUUCUUGUGCAGUCCAUUGUGUGAAGCAUCAGAUUCCCUAUGUAGGGAUCGCCCUGACACAAAAACAUGCGGAUCUCUUGCAAGCUCAAGUUCUCACAAGAUUGUGGCAUGACAGCUUGGACGACAAGAGUCCUAUCUACAAUGCUUCGUUGGCCAAUUUGCUUGCAGGAUCAGAGAAAAAGAAGAAUGAGGGCCAGAAGAAGACGCCGAAGAAGACCCGAAGCCGCCGUGGAGGAGCAGAUGCUACGGGUGACGAGUCUACGGCCGAACCCAAGGCCAAGAGCAAGCCAAAGAGGACGAAGGAUGAUGCCAAUACGACGACAGCCGACACUGAGCCUCAGCCCAAGAAGAAGACGAAGAAGACCAAGAGCAAGAAGGGUGCCCAGGAGCCAGAUGAUGCCGAGAUCAUUGCCCAGUUGAAGAUGCUUGAGGCUCGCGAUGGGGAUGGUGAUGAGGAAGAUCAAGGUGAAGGUGAAGAGUGA